CUUUGUUUUACAUUACCUGUAAAGCGCUGACAUUUUCCAUGAAAUAUAACCCACUGCUUAACAUACGAUCAACACAUCACAUCGUGGCUGUGUGUAGAAACUCAUGCACAUGGAACUCUUUUAAUGCAUAGUUGAGGCUAGCUAGUCCCUGCUAAAGUUAGCCUGGUAGCUAACAGCGUAGGGCUGCUGUAGCUAGCGUUGCUACCCUGGCUCAUACUCGGAGCUGGAGGAGUGAGAAGCAAACACUACCUUUUUAUUUCAGUUGUAUUACCUGAUGUUAGCAGGCGCUCCUUGCUGGAAGGUUAACGUUACUCUAUUGUUUGUGGUUUAUAUCCAGCUGCCUGCACUAAUGUGUCAUUUUUCCAGACUGCAUUAUAUGGCUUGAGAGUCCCAGUCAUAUAUCAAAAGUCAACGGUGUUCUGGAUUACUCUUGUAAAGGCGCCUGUGUGAACUCUUGCUGCAACUAAAUUAAUAUACCAGACCAGCAAGCCACUACUUUGGACCACUGACAGACUGUUUUAUCCCAGCUUGUGUCUGCUCGCUAUGAUGUCCUGUGCAGCAGAACAUUUCCUUUACGAAAUGUGACAGGAUGCUGAACCAUCAAUGCAUAAGGAACCCGGAGCUGCAUGAGGAGCUGCAGAUCCAGGCUGCGGUGGCGGCUGGGGAUGUGUGCACUGUCCGCAGAAUGCUGGAGCAAGGCUACUCCCCCAAAGUACGGGACGCCAACGGCUGGACGCUGCUCCAUUUCUCUGCCGCCAAGGGCAAGGAGAGAUGUGUACGGGUCUUCCUGGAGCACGGAGCGGACCCCACGGUGAAGGACUUCAUCGGCGGCUUCACGGCGCUCCACUACGCCGCCAUGCACGGACGCGCCCGCAUCGCCCGCCUCAUGCUGGAGUCGGAGUUCCGCGGCGACAUCAUCAACGCCAAGAGCAACGACGGCUGGACGCCGCUGCACGUGGCGGCGCACUACGGCCGCGACUCGUUCGUGCGCCUCCUGCUGGAGUUCCGGGCGGCGGUGGACCCGCUGAGUGACAAGGGCACCACGCCGCUGCAGCUCGCCAUCAUCCGGGAGCGCUCGAGCUGCGUGCGCAUCCUGCUGGACCACGGCGCCAACAUCGACAUUCAGAACGGCUUCCUGCUGCGCUACGCCGUCAUCAAGGGCAACCACGCGUACUGCCGCAUGUUCCUGCAGCGCGGCGCCGACACCAACCUGGGCCGGCUGGAGGACGGGCAGACGCCGCUGCACCUGUCGGCGCUGCGGGACGACGCGCAGUGCGCGCAGAUGCUGCACGCGUACGGCGCCGACACGAACACGCGCAACUACGAGGGGCAGACGCCGGUGGCGGUGUCGGUCAGCAUGUCGGGGGUCAGCCGGCCGUGUCUGGACUUCUUACAGGAGGUCACAAGACAACCUCGGACUUUGCAAGAUUUGUGUCGUGUAAAAAUACGUCAUUGUAUCGGGCUUCAGAGCCUGAAGUUCCUGGACGAGCUACCCAUCGCCAAGGUCAUGAAAGACUACCUGAAACACAAGUUUGACAAUGUGUGACCGCAGCCACCACAGCCAAGGGGAGUCCGCCUGUGGACUCUCUCUGUUCUCAUCAAGACUAUGCAAUCAAGGCGUGGGGGCGCACUGUACAUCCCUCAACAUUUAUAUUGCCCUCGUACCACGGAGAGUGUACAUUCGGUCCUUUGGUUCUCUGCAGUGACUUUUUUUAUUUAUAUGAAUUUAUUUUGAGGAGGUGCCGAAACAGCAGAGAUCCGGCUUAUCUCGGUACCUGGGUUAUUUCAGCUGAUGGAUGAAAUAACACAGCAGUUUAUUAAACACUCAAAUUCCCUAAUAAUGAUGCAGAUGAUUGUUGCCUCUCGAUGUUUUUGCUAAUUGGAACGAUUGCCAUGUGCAUAUAUGCCAGUACGAUUGGAUUUGAUUGGUGAUUGUUAAAUAGGAUUGCUCACCAAUAUGUUUGCUACGGGGAUCGAAAAGUGAGUGAAAUGUUAUUCUACUAAAUAUGGGUUGAUUUUCCUUGGACCGCAUAAAGCAUUAAUAGGUAAUGGUUUUGAGUAGACAAGUUACAGGACUUGUUGCUUGGACUGGCUUUACAUCUAGCACGCAAAAGCAGGAUUGGUCAUGCCAGAGCAUCAGGCGAAAAUUUUCUUGGCGUGCAAGAGAUUGGUGUGCAAUUGCCUUCAAAUACUGCCAUUUGAACAACUGUUGCAUCAGAGUGUGAUGAGUUAUUUCAUCCUGUUUCAUCUUAAGUUAUUUGGUUACAAAUGUAUUCACUGUGCUUUAGGUUUUUUCUGGAAAAAAUGUAUUAAUGUUUACACAAUCACCAGAAGUGAAAUGUAAAUAUGUAACAAUGUACAGCAGAUAUUUUUGUAGAUUUAUUUAAGCAAAAAUCUUCUGUACGUAUUCCUGUGUCUUUUGAAUAUGUUGGAAAGUAUCGUACUAUGUUUGGUGUGAUUCAUAUAAAUAUUUUGUUAUGUUCAAGUCGAAUAAUUUGUUCCCUUUUGUGAGAAUGACUUCACUAUGUUUAGGUCUGAAAGAUCUCAAGUGUCAUGGUAGGGGGUGGGGGGAUUUAUUUUCUGAACAAAAAAUGUCUCUGGAGAACUGUGAAUUUAUUAACACAUCCUUAAAGUUGGAAAGUGUUGGAUAUCAGGUUCAGCUACCAUCACUAUAACUCUAUCGGUGAGUGACGUUAUUUAAUACGUCCAUAUUUGUCGGUUGGAACAAAACAACGAUGAAGCUCUUAUAAAACACAUAGGAUUGCUGGGUGAUAUUUUUUCAUGACCAUAGUUUCACCACCCUUUACAUGCUUUUGGAUAUGUCAGAGUUUUUAUGCCACAUUUUGUAUUCCAGACUAUUUCUUACCGAGAGCUGUGAAUGACGGUCAUGAGUGAGUUUGGUGUGACCUACAUCGUCUGCCUUCUUCAUGCCUGGUUGCUCAAGAGUCUUCCCAGUCAGGGAACUGUUCUUACUUGUCUUACGAAGCUCUUCGGCGGCUGUGAGUCUUCCACCCCAACUACUGAAUGUAUAUAAUAUGCAGGUUUUAAACUAGAACUCAAGAUGUGUCAAUAAAUCUAAAAUAACUUGUGAUUUGAUUUUUUUCAUUGGUUUCUGUGAAUGAGUCAAAUGAGAGUAUGAGAACUUUGUAUGUAAAGUAAUCCCUUUGUUCAAAUUUAUUUGGAAUUAAGUUGUUUGGGUAAAGCUGUGAUAAUCUAGCUUUGAAUAAACGGUGCAGGAAUUGUUUUGGGGAAAAAUGGCAUCUUCUAUAAAUGUUUUUUCAGGCAUGGAUAGUAUUUUAGGCCUUGUAAUUUGAAAUCACUAUUCUUAUUUGUGUAUUUCAUUUGCAUAUUAUCUUUUUCUUUAUAUUUUGUUUUUCUUUAGUAUAGAA